UUCCUACUUCUGUUAAUUUGAAUAAUAUUUAAAUUGUUGGAUAUAGAGACUUCUGAGUUACUGGGUCUCGUCGGGUGGUUGAUUCCAGCAAUGGAUUUUCAUGCUAAAAACAUUACUUUUCUUCCUUCAUUAUCAUUGAUUUUAUCUCAUUCUCUCCUACGAUUCCUCUUAAAUGAACUAGUCCAUAAAAAUCCUAGUUCUUGUGUACAAUUUUCUUGCAUUAUUGUCUCGAAUCUUCACUCAUCUCUCUCUGGUGGUUGAGGUUUGACUUUUUGGAAACUCCUCCUGAACCUUUCGGUCUAAUCAUAGGAAGUGCAAAAUUGUGCCAAGUUAUUUCAUGUGUAUUGAUCAGAAAAUGUGAAUUCUUCUAGAUUUGUCAUGUAUUAAGGAGUUCCAGUCCAGUUUGCUUCAUGUCUAAUUUUGAGCUUUAUGGAUUCAUUUCAUUAAUUACACAAAAGGAAUUAUUCUUAUUCAAUGAUUGUUUUAUAGGUGGGAAUAAUUUUGAGAUUAUUGUUGAACUUUAAGUGCUUCGUUUUCACAUGCACUGCACGCAUAUUAUUUGCAGAAGAAAUGAAUAAUUGUUACAUCAUCGAUGUGAUGAUACCAAAUAUUUGAAGUUGUCUACCUUGUUUUCGAUCUUUCAUUUGUCCUUGUCAUUUCUGAAUCUAUUAUUAGUUUUUUACCAGUUUAAUCUCCCUUUAUAUACAGAUUCUGAAUGUUAGUUUGUUUUUUCAUGGUAAAAGUUGAAGUUGCUUUCGAUUACCAUAAUUGGAAUACACAAUAAUUUUGAUUUCUCCAAAUGUUUGAACAAUAGUAACCUGUAUGAUUAAUUACGCUAUCAUGGACAAUCUGAAAGAAUGCUAAUGGUCUUGAUACGAGUAAAUGGAUUAACCUCUGUAGAAAAUAGAAUGAUUUCAAUAAGCAUUGAUGUGUGAAUUCUUCUUUAUUUCAUUUUCGAAAAAUUCUGCAAUGUAAUAAUUCCCAAACACUUAAAUUCCUGACUCUGCAGGCCGUAGAUCUGACUAGGAAUCUCUCAUUCUUUGGUCUGUGAGAUAGAGAUGUAUUCAUUUUCAUGGUGUUUUAUAUAGAGAUGUUUUAUCAAGUAUAAUACAGCUUUUUUUCAAGGAAUACUUCUUGGUGCAUGGGAAGCUGAUACACCUUGACGUUGAUGAGGACAGAAUGGCUAGGAAAGUAGUUGUACAUAAGACACUUGAUGGUGGCCUGGAGGCUCCUCGAAACAGUUUGGAGAUACCUUUAGCGACUUCCUACAGCUUGUCUGCUGGGAGAGAGAGUAUUCAGUAUGCUUAUCACAAGAAGAUGGAAUCUGAGAACUGCUAUCCCACUGAGGCUCCAAUGAAGAAGUUAAUCGGUGAAGAGAUUUCUAAAACAAAAAACACAAGACAAAAUGCACCAAACAUAGUGGCUCGCCUAAUGGGUGUCGAUAUGUUACCAUUUGAUUCAAAACCUGCAUCAAAGGUUGUUGACAUAAAGAAUGAGACUCCAGAAAGCAACUUCUUGAAUAAGCAACGGUCAGGAAAGGACUCAGUUGGUCAUGUCCCCUUUACCUCUACUUCUUCCCUGGAAAUAGACUCUGGUUGCUUUGAUGAUAGUAUAAACAGAGAUCCUGAUCAACUCAGUCGCAUGAGGUCGAAAAGGCCUAAACCUCGAGAACAUCCUCAAGAGGAGGAACUACGGAGGUUCAAGAAAGAUUUUGAAGCAUGGCAAGCUGCACGGUUUAAGGAAUGUUCAAAGAUUGUAGAAUUUGGCAGUUCUCCAAGCCAGUUGAUUGCACAAGAAAACUUCAACAGAGAAGAAAUGGUUCUUUAUGCAAAUCCUGAGAGAGCCCUUGCUAGUGAGAGACAGAUGGAACCUGAGGAUCUUGCUCUAAUACCAAAUUUGCAUGAUAAAGAUACUUUAAAAGGCUGCAAAAAUGAUAGUGAAUAUUUUGCAGCUGAGCAGAAGGGGUCUCUGUAUUCAAGAAGAAUGUCAAGAACAGACUUUAAGGCAUCUCCUCUGGUGAAUUCUGAUCGGAAAAUUGAUAUUGUUUCUGCCCCCACCAAAAUUGUGAUUUUGAGGCCUGGUUUAGGUCCGGACAGUAUGUGCAGUGGUGAAGAUUCAUGGAACAGUACUCCCAGCACAUCAGGAGAGAGACGAAGUAUAGAAGAUUUGCUUGAGAAGGUGAAGGAAAGGCUAAAGUCUGAGCUUCAAGUUAAAAGCCAUAAAAGGAACACAACAGUUAAGGGAGGAGGCAUUGAGACCCCUUAUUGGGAAAAACCAUCAGAACCAAAACAAAUAGCUCAACUUAUAGCACAAGAAGUCAGAGAAAGUGUCGCAAGGGACAUUGGGAUGAAUUUACUUCACUCAGAAUCUACAAGAUCAUAUAGAAGUGAAAUUCAGUUAAAUGGAACUGGUUCUCCUGAGUUCAUAAACGGGGAUACAAGGAGAUUCUUGGCAGAGAGGUUGAGAAAUGUUAAGGGGGAAACACUUGGGGAAGUUCCAAUGGUUUCCCACAAUAGGUCAAGAUCAUCAAUAUCAGAUUAUGAAAAGAGCAGAGCUGAACAUUCAAGAGAUAUCUGGAGUGGAAAUAGAAUGAACUAUCAUUCUGGUAUUAAAAACAAGCCUAAAAAGCAAAGUAGGUCUUUUAGACAGGAGCCUGAUGAUGUAAUGCUUCAUAAGGAACUCUCUCCUGGGAAUCUCGUUAGAUCUUUGUCAGCCCCAGUAUCAGGAACAUCAUUUGGAAAGCUCCUUCUGAGGGAUCGACAUAUACUGACUGGGGCUCAAAUCAGGAGGAAGCAUGAAGUCAUUGAAAACGUUUUGAUGAAGAAACGAAAGAAGGAAAAGUUCAACAUUAAAGAAAAGGUUUCAGGCUUUAGAUAUGGCUUAACACUUAGGGGGAAGCUGUUUCGUAGGAGAGUUCAGUCAAUAGAGGAGAAUCAAGCUAAACAUGACUGCAUGAGUGAUAUUAGAAGUCAACCAACAGUCGUGAUGAGUUUGUAUGACAGAUAUGAAAAUUCAACUGAAGUACCACCCAGCCCUGCAUCGGUGUAUAGCAGUGUUCAUGACGAAUUCUGGAGGCCAGCUGAUUAUUUUAGCCCAACAGUGGCAUCAGAUGCACACCAACUAGAUCACAGUGAGGUUCCUCAUGUUUUUAGAGAAAUAAACUCAAACUUAAAUGAGCUGAGGAGGCAACUAAAUCAACUUGAAGGCAAUGUUCCAGAGGAGACCAUAACUUAUGAGCAGUCCAUUGAAGUUGAAAUGGAGAUACAUAACCAUGCUCAAGCCUAUGUGAGGGAUUUACUCAUUGCUGCUGGCUUGUAUGAUGGUUCAUGCAAGAGAUCUUUAUCAAGAUGGGACCUACUCGGUAACCCUAUUAGCAAACAGGUCUUUGAAGAAGUAGAAGAAUCAUAUAGACAAAAGAGCAAGGAUGGUGAAUGGCGCACAGAAUAUGAUAAUGAACAUUUAAAUCCCAAAAUGUUACUUGACUUACUAAAUGAAGAGCUUCCAGCAUUACUAAGACCACCAAUGAACAUGUACAGGUAUAUGAAUAAGGUUAUUAGUCCAGUGCCACAAACCCCACAUGGAAGGAAUUUAUUAAAUCGCGUAUGGGAAGUUAUUCGAGUUUAUUUAUAUCCUCCAGCAGAUGAAUAUUUUUAUACUGUUGACAGUAUGUUGGCCCGGGAUUUGAAGUCCAACGCAUGGACUGGAUUAAUGGAGGAUGAUGUUAGUGCUUUGUGUAAAGAUAUAGAAUAUCAGAUCAUAGAAGAUUUGAUUGAAGAAAUGGUGAAGGAUAUGAGCAUAACUCGUAGGAUCUUUUUCUUGGAUGCCUUGAGAACAUUCUCGUGCUCAAAUAUUGGUGUUAUUUGAGGCAUGUCGAAUAAGCUCUUAGAGCUUGAAUGGGAUGGACAGUGCAAGAUAGUUCUUAUGGGAUCAGUACAGACAAGGCAUUGAUGUAUUUAGCAUAGAAGAGAAAUACAAAAGAAGAUUGUGGGUAGAUGUUGCGUGCUUUUCCUAUAUUGCUUGCAUAGAAUUCAGUUGAUAUGGAGUAUCUUUGUACAUUAAUUUAUUUGUAGUUAUUCCAUUUUAUAGCUUCAUUCGUUGUCGAUUUUUUAAGUUAAAAAUCCAAUGAAGUAAUGGAACAA